AUGGAGCCUUUUCAAGUGCGCCUUAAUUGCGUGGAUCAUUACCAAGCCGCCCCAUCCGAAUUUGAUCCUCCGUUUCCUUACAGGGAUCCAUCAACCGAGAAAUAUGAUAGACCCAAAGUGCCUGUAAUUAGGAUAUUCGGCGCUACGGAAACAGGCCAAAGAGUAUGCGUCCAUGUUCACGGCGCGUUUCCGUACCUUUAUGUCCCAUACGACGGUGAUUUAAGCCCAGAAGAAGUCCGCCGUGCUAUUAGGGAUCUGCACAUCUCAAUUGACCACGCAUUGGCUUUAAGCUAUCGUCGCAAUGCAUAUGAUAAGAAGGCCGCCUUUGUUGCUCAUAUUACCCUAGUAAAGGGCGUCCCCUUCUAUGGCUAUCAUGUCGGCUAUCGUUUCUUCUUCAAGGUCUAUCUUCUCAGCCCUAUCUAUACGACAAGAGUAGCGGACCUAUUGCUUCAAGGAGCUAUACUGAAGCGUUCUUUGCAGCCUUACGAAAGCCACUUACAAUAUAUCCCGCAAUGGAUGUGUGAUUAUAGUUUGUACGGCUGUGCGUAUAUGAAGUGUAGCAAAGUCAAGUUUCGAUCUCCAGUACCAGAGUAUCUCGAAUUGACUAAUCUAUCGCAUCGCUGGCAUGAUCGAUCUAUACAACCAGAUAGUAUCUCGGAUGCGUCAGAACUCCCGAAGCAAAGUCACUGUCCCCUAGAAGUGGAUAUUUGCGUGCAAGAUAUCUUGAAUCGUCUUGAAGUCCGCGAGAGACCUAUACAUCAUGAUUUUACGGAGUUUCUGAAGCCAGUCGACCAGAAUGAAAAACUUGUUCCGAGCAUGGAAGGACUGUGGAAGGAUGAGACACACAGGCGAAAGAAACGUCUGGGACUAGCUGAUCCUGACAGUAGCCCGUUUGACCCCGAGGAGCUAGUUUCGCUAUCAGCUGCUACAAGGGAACAGUAUAAAGGAGAGUGGAUCCAUGAGGAGGAAUAUCGUCAGUUGACGCUCCGUGCAGUCGCUGAGGAAAGGCGUCAAUAUGGUGGUGGCGACGUUAAUGUCGAUGAUUUUCUCGUACAGGACCCCCUCGGGAAAGAUGUCAAGACUGUAUUAGAGAGUGUUGAGGAUCUUUAUCCCGACAACAAUAACUUCCCGGGUUUACAAGCACCUCAGGAUCUCGAAAUAGGUGAAUCUGCGAAUGAAGGUGCCUAUACUGAUGAAAAUGCGGCCUUACCUGUAGCGUCCGAUAGUUCAGAUGACGAUAACAUUGCCGAUCUUUUCUCGGAAGGUAACGAUGAAGAGGAAAGAGAUGUUUUUGACGACCCUCUGGCAGAUGUAUUUUCUGAGCUACCCUCUGACGAACACCGAGAGCCGAAUGCGCCCCUGGCUCACACUUCCACCGAUUAUAAGCCAUUCUUCGACCGGACAGAAGGCUCUUCAAGCAGACAUAGUACUAACUCUUAUGCACAAGGUCAGCUGGAACAUAUCAAUAGCCAGGCGAAGAUCAGAGAGGACAUACGGAGGGCAGAGAGAACCCUCAAGCGUUCAGAAAGUGAAGUAAUUGAUCAUGUCCACUUUAACAAGCGGCCGAACUCUUUUCUAUCAGUGAUGGCACCGAUGAUCUAUGAAACUUUCAACAUACCACAGAACACGCGGAUAUGCUGUUUACGGCGCCCCUGCCCCAGUCCUAGUGAGGUGUUGUCUACCCUUAGCGAUUAUGACUAUCCGGCUGUUAUCUAUGACAAAGCCCAUUACAGUGACCAGGGUGAUGUGCCAGAUCGUCCACGAGACUAUGCAGGCAGGGAAUUCCGCUUACAAGGCAGUGGGAUACAUUAUCUCCCUGACUUUGAUCCCACCGGCCGGUCACCUGCGAUGCUUGGCGAACAAACUUCGAUACUAAGAGAUAGACAAGAGCAAGAGCAAAUUGACCAGCAUCUCAGGGAGUCUUGUACCUCUAGAGUGUGGGAGUUCGCCCCCGUGCCGCCAAGCCGCUCCGAAGUUAUACAGUGGUUCGAGAGCAGACAACAAGAACCGAAGGCUGAAACUGUGCAGCCAGAGAGGCAUUUACACGAACCGAACACAAAGCUUAACGUCCUCUCACAGAUCGAGGGCCCAACGCAAAAGAACGAAUAUGGAUUUAAGUAUUCACAGAAAGGAAGGUCUACUAGUGUCGAACAUCAGACCCAGUAUAUGAGCAUAAUGAGCUUAGAGGUUCAUGUUAAUACGCGUGGAGUACUUGCCCCAAACCCAGAAGAGGAUGAGAUAUCCUGCAUCUCUUGGUGUAUACAGUCAGAUGACGAGGAUCUCGACGUUAAUAGUCACCUUUCGGGUGUCCGUGUUGGUAUGGUAUUUCAGGGUGAAUAUGACAAACCCGAAGAAACGCUUUCUAAGGCUUUGAGAAUCGACUUGGAACAUGAGCCAACGGAGCUGGACUUGAUUAACAGACUAGUGGAUCUUGUUAGACUGUAUGACCCAGACAUUAUCACCGGGUAUGAAGUUCACAACGGCUCUUGGGGAUACGUGAUUGAGAGAGCUAGAAAGAAGUAUGAUUUUGACAUAUGUGACGAACUAUCGAGAGUGAAGUCACAGGCGCACGGCAGGUUUGGUAAGGAUGCUGACCGAUGGGGAUUCAACCACACAUCUUCCAUUCGAGUAAGCGGACGACAUAUGAUCAAUAUCUGGCGAGCCAUGAGGAGUGAGCUGAACCUGCUUCAAUAUAGCAUGGAGAACGUCGUAUUCCACCUAUUGCAUCGACGAAUACCUCAUUACUCGUUUCGCGAUCUCACUGAAUGGUACCAGAGUGGAAAGCCUCGCGAUCUAAUGAAAGUCGUCGACUAUUUCGUCUCUCGAGUGCAAAUGAAUCUUGAGAUCCUAGAAUCAAAUGAGCUAGUACCGAGAAUCAGUGAGCAGGCACGACUGCUAGGCAUCGACUUCUACUCGGUGUUUUCUCGAGGUUCCCAGUUCAAAGUCGAGUCUUUGAUGUUCCGGAUUGCAAAACCCGAGAACUUCCUACUCGUUUCACCGAGCAAGAAACAAGUUGGCCAGCAAAAUGCUCUCGAAUGUCUUCCAUUGGUAAUGGAACCCCAGAGUGACUUCUAUACCAGUCCCCUCAUAGUCUUGGAUUUCCAAUCACUGUAUCCUAGCAUCAUGAUUGCCUAUAAUUACUGCUACUCGACCUUCCUGGGACGAGUACAUCAAUGGCGAGGCCGAGACAAGAUGGGAUUUACAGAAUACCAAAGACAGCCACGACUGCUAGAACUAUUCAAGGACAAGAUCAACAUCGCACCAAACGGCAUGAUGUACGCGAAGCCCGAAGUACGUAGAUCGCUGCUCGCAAGGAUGCUCGCCGAGAUCCUCGAGACACGGGUCAUGGUCAAGACCGGAAUGAAGAUGGACAAGGACGACAAGGCGCUGCAACGUCUUCUCAACAACAGACAACUCGCCCUCAAAUUAAUAGCGAACGUCACGUACGGCUACACAUCAGCAUCAUUUUCAGGGCGAAUGCCCUGUUCCGAAAUAGCAGACAGCAUCGUCCAAUCGGGGCGAGAGACACUAGAAAAAGCCAUUGCCCUGAUCCAUUCUGUAGAGCGCUGGGGCGCCGAGGUCGUAUACGGAGACACAGACAGUCUCUUCGUCUACCUCAAAGGACGCACUCGCGACGAAGCCUUCGACAUCGGCGAAGAAAUCGCCAAAGCCGUAACAGAAACGAACCCCUCGCCAGUCAAACUCAAGUUCGAAAAAGUCUACCACCCAUGCGUUCUUCUAGCCAAGAAACGCUACGUCGGCUUCAAAUACGAGCACAGAGACCAGAAAGAACCCGAGUUCGACGCAAAGGGUAUCGAAACAGUCCGCCGAGACGGCACACCAGCCGAGCAGAAGAUCGAAGAAAAGGCCCUGAAGCUCCUCUUCCGCACGGCAGAUCUAAGCCAAGUGAAACGCUACUUCCAGAAACAGUGCACGAAGAUCCUCCAAGGACGAGUCUCCAUUCAAGACUUCUGCUUCGCUAGAGAAGUAAAGCUCGGCACAUAUAGCGAGCGAGGCCUACCUCCCCCGGGCGCCUUAAUCAGCACCAAGAAAAUGCUCGAAGAUCCCCGUCUAGAGCCCCAGUAUGGAGAACGAGUACCUUACGUCGUCGUAACAGGUGCUCCAGGUUCAAGGUUGAUCGACCGCUGCGUACCACCCGAGACACUCCUACAUGAUGCACAAUUAGAACUCGAUGCCGAAUACUACAUUACUAAGAACAUCAUCCCGCCUCUAGAACGAAUCUUCAACCUCGUGGGCGCCAACGUCCGCCAGUGGUAUGAUGAAAUGCCCAAAGUGCAACGUAUUCGCCGGGUAGAAGGAACGGUAACUUCUACCGGCAAGGACGCCAGAAAGACUACCCUUGAAUCAUAUAUGAAAUCUUCAACCUGUAUCGUCUGCAAAGCCAAGCUGGAUGAUACUGAUGUUCCGGUCUGUGCUGAGUGCAUACGACAGCCGCAUAUCUCUUUGCUUGAUUUGGUUACUCGCCAACGACAUGCGGAGAAGAGCGUUUCUGAUCUUCUGCGUGUUUGCCGGUCUUGUAUGGGUGUUCCGUUUGGUGAUGAGGUGAAGUGUGAUAGCAAGGAUUGUCCUGUUUUCUAUUCGAGGACUAGAUAUGUGGCUAAUUGGAGGCAUACUAAGGCCGUUUUGGACCCCGUGAUCAAGUUAUUGCAGGAUAAGAGUGAGAGUGAGCUAGAAUGGUAG